AGAAGAGACUACUACAGACUACAGAGAGAUAAUAGAAAGAGAAAAACCCAAAACAUUAGGAGAGAAGUGACUGUGAGAAGUUGUAGAAGUAUUCAUUUAUCAAUUAAAUUGGAUUCAAAGCUUCCAAUUUCACUCUCUUUUUACAUUGACCUAUUAGUACUUAGUAGUAUAAUAAUAAUAAUAAUAGUUGGGCGAUUGAAUUGUAUUAUUGUAUGCCAGAGUCAGAAUCAGAAGCAGAGAGUGCUGUGUCGCCUGUGAGUUGAGUUGAGAAUCAGACUCUUCAAAUUUCUAGGGCAAAUUUUUGAUUUGAUUGACUCUCCUUGGUUUCAAUUUUCAUGAGAUUGUAAAAAGUCUUUGAAUAUGGGAUGCCUAGUGUCAACACCAAAGGAUACUGGUGGAAAUAGGAGGAGGCCAGGGAAUAUUGGGGAUGUUUCUGUGUAUGUUCCUGGUUUUCGGAUUCCUAAACCUGUUGAUUUCUCCCAAUCAUUGGGUGAUCACUUGUCCAAGAAUUUAGUGGAGCGCCUAUCUGCUCUGAGAACUCGUAUCGUUGUAAUGGCUGGUCAAGAAGGUCCUACAGUUACAAGAACUAGGAGAAAAACCCAACAUGGAGGUUCAACCUUAGCUGAUCUUUUGCAGGCUCUGGAAGAUUACUUGCCGGUUCUUUUAGGACUAGUUAAAGAUGGAAGCCAUCUACAAUACAAGGUACAAUUUGUAUGGGUAAAUCAGGAGGAUGACGCAGAGGAAACAGGCAUGCCUAAUGCUUGGUAUGAGGUGUUGUCAGUUUUGCACUUGAUGGCAAUGCUAUCGUUAUCACAGGCCAACUUAUUACUUCUCCCAAGAACAUCUGCCGAUGGUUACCAGCCAAAGGUAUCAGAAGAGAGUAGACGUGCUUCUGUUGACAUUUUUUUGAAGGCAGCAGGAUACCUAGAUUGUGCUGUCCGACAUGUUCUCCCACAGUUGUCUGCUGAACUCAGGAGAAAUCUUCCAGUUGACCUAGCAGAAGGCGUUCUUCGAGCACUUAGCCUACAAGCAUUAGGACAGGGUGUUGACAUUCAACUUGGAAUGGCAAUUGAUAGUACCAAAGCUACUCUUGCAGUAAAGCGAAGACUUGCAUGUGAGAUGGUGAAGUACUGGCAGCAGGCUCAAGAUAACUUGAUGAACGUUCCAUUAACAAAUGGUUGGGGGGAAAAACAUCGACUCUUUGUGAAGUGGAAAUAUAUUGAAGCAAAGGCUGCAGCAUAUUAUUAUCAUGGUCUGAUCCUGGAUGAGGGGAACACAGAGAAAUCCCAUGGGAUGGCUGUGGCUGCUUUGCAAGCAGCCGAUGAGUAUUUCAAAGAAAGUAAGAAGGCAUGUGAGGCAUUUAAUACAGCUCUUCCUCUGUCAAGAAAUCCGCCGCUUUGGGGGACCAUGAAGUAUCUCUCCGAGAAAAUUCCAAAAGAUACUUCAAGCAAGGUUCGGAUAAAUCGUGAUCUGUACUCUCAUGAAAGAAUCAUGGAGACAGCGCCAACAUUGCCCGACUUUGCUUUGGCCCUGAAACCUGAUGACUAUCUACUUCCUACGGUGCACCCUUCUUGGAAUGAGGAGAACAUAAACAGAGGGCAUGUUGGCUCCAACCAGGUGAAGGGUGAUAGAAGAUAGGCCCUCAAGAUAUUUUUUCAGAUUACAGAGGCAAAGGGGCCAAUCUUAAACAUGGAAAGGCCUUCUAAACCGGGUGGACUGCUAUUCUUCAAUUGUUGUGCUCCAAGGUCCAGUUGAGCUGUUGAUUUCUUUUUCUUUUGUUUUUCAUCGAGUUUUUUCUUGUCCCUUGGCUCCCACGAAGUCCAUGACCUACCCUGUGAUAGAGCUUUGUACAAGUUACUGUUGUGUGUAAAUUGUUCCCACCAGAGAAAAGAAAAAACGAUUUAUUUGCCAAUCCCAAAUAAUGUGAUUAUGCCUUUUGUUUAAUAAAGUGAAGCCAGUACGGUUCAUUUGUUUGAUAGAAAAGCUUUGUACAAUCUGACCACUGCAUAAUAAAGGGAAUAUGUUUUGUCA